AUGUCGAGUAUGAAGAAAGAUGAUAGCUUUUCUACAAUUACCACCCAAUCUGGUAAAAAUGGUAUAGUUUUUAAAAAUUAUCACUUUGGAAUGAAACGAAAAAAUAAGAAUGGAACUGAAGUAUGGAUUUGUACACAUAAAAUGUGCAAUGCUUCGAUCAAUAUAAAUGAAAGUUCAAUUGUAAAGACCUCUUCUAUUAAGCCAAACGGCAGUCAUGAAUUCGAACAUCAAGCAAAAAUGUCUUUAGAAGUAUAUGAAUGUAUCAAAUCCAUAAAACGACGAAUUGAAGAAGAACCUACAGUACCAGUUACGUUAUUAUAUGAUCAACAAGUAAAAAAAUUCAGACGUGAUGAUGGCAGUACUGCUUCAAUUCCUGUAUUCGAUCGGGUGAAAUCUUCAUUAUAUGAAUAUCGAUCAUCCAAAUAUCCACCAGUUCCUAGAUCAUUAUCAUCAAUUGAUAUACCUUAUCAACCAACACGUACCUUAUCGGAUCAGAAUUUUUUAUCUUGCAAUAAUCAUGAUGCAUCGGUACUUGACUUUGCCUUCUCUAUUGGUAUUAAACUUCUCGGUUCUAAUGUUCAUUGGAAUGCAGAUGGUACGUUUAGAACGGCAUCUAAAUUAUUCUACCAGAGCUAUAGCAUUCACACUUGGGAUAGUUUCAGCAUGAAACCAUUUAUAUAUGGUGCAUUACCCAACAAGAAUAGCAAUAGUUAUGAAGUGUUUUUGAAGGAAUUAAUUAUACAUGCUAAAAUUAAUGGAAUUUCACUUACUCCAGAAUUGAUUCUCAUUGAUUUCGAAACGACUGCAUAUCAUGCUUUUUCUAAAAGCUUUCCAACAGCUAAAAUUAAAAGAUGCCAAUUCCAUUUUGGCCAAAAUAUUUGGCGACAAAUUAAAAAGAAAGGUUUAGUUCGUUAUUCAUAUGAUGAUGAUGCCUGUCGUCAAAUAGCAAAUAUUUUGAUGUUACCAUUAUUACCACCUCAGGAAAUAAUUACAGCAUUUACUGAUAUUAUUGAAGCAAUUAGUAAUAUAAACCAAAAUUUUCUUAAAUUAACUGAUUAUGUUCUUCGUACAUGUAUUGAAGAAGCAUUAUUUCCACCACCAUUCUGA